AUGACAUUACUGCAAGAAUUAGAAGUCUUUAACAAAGAGUGUCAUGGUCAAGAAGAACCCUUGGUAAAUCAAAAAGCAAUAAGUCGUGCAACAUCAACGCAAGGACUAGAAGUCUUAAACAAAGAGUGUCAUGGUCAAGAAGAACCCUUGGUAAAUCAAAAAGCAAUAAGUCGUGCAACAUCAACGCAAGGACUAGAAACCUUUAUCAAAGAAUAUUAUGAUCACAAAGAACAUUUGUCAUUAGACUGUGGUGCUCGUCGUAGUCGUUUUUGUGUGCUUCUGUGA